AUGGGGGAAAACAAGUUGUCUCCAAGCAAGGAUGCGUCCGCAAAGGAGAAAAAUGUCGAUGAUUGGUUACCGAUAACAUCCUCUAGAAAUGCCAAAUGGUGGUACUCUGCCUUUCACAAUGUCACCGCCAUGGUCGGCGCUGGUGUUCUCAGCUUACCUUACGCUAUGUCCAACCUCGGAUGGGGACCUGGAGUGACAAUAAUGAUAAUGUCAUGGCUGAUAACAUUCUACACACUAUGGCAAAUGGUGCAAAUGCAUGAGAUGGUUCCAGGGAAGAGGUUCGACAGGUACCAUGAAUUGGGUCAACACGCGUUUGGGGAGAAGCUUGGACUCUGGAUCGUGGUGCCACAACAACUAAUCGUUGAAGUAGGUGUGGAUAUUGUGUACAUGGUUACAGGAGGGAAGUCACUGAAAAAAAUCCAUGACCUUCUUUGCACCGAUUGCAAAAAUAUUAGAACUACAUAUUGGAUCAUGAUCUUUGCUUCCGUACACUUUGUUUUAGCUCAUCUCCCUAAUUUUAACUCCAUUUCUAUCGUCUCUCUUGCUGCUGCUGUUAUGUCUUUGAGCUACUCAACCAUCGCUUGGGCAACCUCGGUGAAGAAAGGAGUUCAACCAAAUGUAGACUACUCGUUUAGAGCCUCGACGAGCUCAGGAAAUGUAUUCAACUUCUUGAAUGCAUUAGGAGAUGUUGCAUUUGCAUACGCGGGUCACAAUGUUGUGUUGGAGAUUCAAGCUACUAUUCCUUCAACUCCUGAGAAACCAUCGAAGAUUGCAAUGUGGAAAGGAGUAGUAGUUGCGUACAUCGUCGUCGCCAUAUGUUAUUUUCCAGUUGCAUUCAUUUGUUACUACAUUUUUGGUAACACUGUCGACGACAAUGUUCUCAUGACCUUGCAAAAACCAGUCUGGCUUAUCGCUAUUGCUAACGCGUUUGUGGUGGUCCAUGUCAUUGGAAGCUAUCAAAUAUAUGCAAUGCCUGUCUUUGACAUGCUCGAAACUUUCUUGGUAAAGAAGAUGAUGUUCACUCCUUCCUUCAAACUCCGCUUCAUCACUCGUACUCUAUAUGUUGCUUUCACAAUGUUCGUUGCUAUAUGCAUCCCAUUUUUUGGUGGAUUACUCGGUUUUUUUGGAGGAUUCGCCUUUGCCCCAACAACAUACUAUCUACCAUGCAUCAUGUGGCUUAUUCUCAAGAAACCAAAGAAGUACGGAUUGUCUUGGUCUAUUAAUUGGUUUUGCAUAGUAGUUGGUGUUAUAUUGACGAUCGUAGCUCCAAUUGGUGGCCUCAGAACCAUUAUAGUCUCAGCCAAAGACUAUGAAUUCUUCUCUUGA